CAAUAGUGAUUUUUCAGAAUAUUCUCUUAGCUCCUUUAAAACUGGAAGUGUUUAUAAACCAGGCAGACAACAUUUAAAGUGGCAGCUCAGAAAGUGUAUUUUAUUUGCAAAAUGGCAAAGUGGAAGAGAUCAUCUGAAGAUACAGAACAGAUCACAUUUAUGGACAAUACACAGGACCAGUUAGAUGAUUCUGAAGUGUCUUUGUUUACUGAUCUUGGAAAGGACACCGCUGUUGAGAUUAGAAAAAAGCUGAAUUCCAUGAAAAUUGCUAUAAUUGCACUCUAUGUGAUCGUUCUCUGCAUCCUGGCAGGGACUGUCUAUGUAACAGUGCAACUGUAUGAAAGUCAGACGAGCAUUUCCGAUAUGGAGGCCAGAGGCAGUGUAUCUAAACAAAUUGGAGAAAAUAGUGUUGGUGAAAGAGUCUGGCAGGAUGAAACCAACUCUGACUCCCUGAAAGUACUUGCCCAGAAUAUUCAAACUCUAACUGACAACGUUACCCUCUUAGAGGACUCAAUAAACAGUUCCUUAUCUCUCAUGGAGGGUAAAAUCCAACAACUGAAUAUGAAGAGUGAACAGCUGACAUAUAUAAUAGAGCACAACAUGAACCCUCUGAUUUCUCAGAUAAAAAUGAAUGAACAAAAUCUUCAGGAUUUAUCAAAUCGUAUUAAUAUCUUUGAAGAUGAUAUCCGUGGUGUUCUGGACACAGUAAAGUCUGUGAAUAGCAGCUGUAUGGGGGACAUCUUCAUUCACCAACAGGACAUUAUUCAACUGAAUAUGGCUUUUCUAAAUGUGACCAUGGCUGCAAGACACUUGGAAGAAAAACAGAUAAAUAUGGAUGCCAAUAUGAAACAAGAAAUAGACAUUUUAAAUAAUGUCACUGAGGACCUGAGACUGAAGGACUGGGAGCAUUCACUGGCUCUAAAUAAUAUAACCAAAAUUCAAGGUCCUCCUGGUCCAAGAGGGCAGAAAGGGGACAUGGGUGAUAGAGGACAUAAUGGCUAUCCAGGACAGCCAGGUUUGCGUGGUAUUGCGGGACUCAAAGGGGAAAAGGGCCAAGGACUCCCUGGAUCUCCUGGGAACCCAGGAGCUGCUGGUCCAAAAGGGGAGAGAGGUCUUCCUGGUCUUCCUGGAUCACAAGGAUCAAAGGGGCAGAAAGGGGAACCAGGCACAGCAGCACCUGCAGGGCGCCCAGUUUCUGUACGACUGGUAAAUGGAUCUACACCAAACCAAGGCAGAGUGGAAGUACUGCAUGAAGGGGCAUGGGGAACCAUUUGUGAUGAUAGAUGGGAUGUCCUGGAUGGGCUUGUUGUUUGUAAAAUGCUUGGAUACAGCAAAGUUGUUAAAGUUUUCUUACAUGCUGCUUUUGGGCAAGGUACUGGGAAAAUACUGAUGGAUGAUGUUACAUGUUCAGGACGAGAGACUUCGAUUUUUGAUUGUCGAUUUCCAGGAUGGGAAAAAACUAACUGCAAACAUAAUGAGGAUGCUGGUGUGUCUUGCUCAGCCUAGUCAACAAUUAAAUGACAUGAAACUCUUUGUACACAAUUAUCAGCAUCAGGUCUGUGAAGACUGAAUGACCAAUUGAAGUUAUAAUGUAAUAAUAAUGGAAAGUAAGAGUUGCUUAAUCAAUGAUAAUUAUGUUCUUUGAUAAUCAUUAAUAAACUAUUGUGAUUUUUUUUCUAAUAUUUUUUUAUUAAAAGGUGUAUCAUUUAUUAAAAUGUAUUGCAACCAUAUAUACAAAUAACAUUGCAGACUCAAUCCGACAUGCAGGGGAUAAACAGCUGUGACACGAAUGGAUACAGUAUAUAUAUAUAUAUAUAUAUUUAUGAAAAAUAUAUUGCUUAAAUCACACAAGGCUAAAUACAGGGAAUCCAGACCAUUUGUAAGGACCCUGGUUGUAGAGGAAGAAUAUAAAGUUGUUGGCUGGUUAUUUUAUUGUUAAAUUGUCUGUCCCCCAAGGAUUGAAAAGGAAAACAAAAAGCUCUAGUACAAAAUAUUAAUAAAAAAAUGAUUCAGUUUUAUUAAGCCAUGAAAGCAGCAUUCUACAUCUGCCUGUAGUGGUGGAUUAAAGCAAGAAAAGACAAAUGUUGAUGCAUUGCUUUCAUUGCUAUCUUAGUCUCUGCUGGAGCUAUUUACAAAUAUCACAACCAAAAUCUGAGAUUUAGAACAAAGAAAGACAGAUAUGCACAUAAUCCUGUUUGUUAUCCCUUCAAAGCCAAUAAGGGAGGAGAGUACUAGGUAUGGAUACAUUUUGGGGUACUACUGCACUUGAAUUUAUUUGAAGAGCUGAUUAUCUAUUUAGGGAAACCAAGAUAUUUACUCAAGUUUGUAUUUUUUUGGUAGGAAUGUUAUUUAUUAACCAAAACUGCAUAUUUUUGGAGCGGGAUACAUAGACUUUUCCAUUGUCGUGGCUCCUAUGACAGCAUGAUGAAUUUAAACAAUUUUCAAACUAUUUUGACAGUUCUCUUCACAUACUGUAUUUAAAUUAAUAAAAUGACUACUCUUGU